AUGUCCAACUCUUCGCCGCUCUUCGACGCUUCCCGUCCCUUCCCUGCUCUCCAAACCUCGUUCUCCCCCACCCUCCCACCGCUCUUGCCCCGCGCGAUGGACGAAAACGGAAAGCGCCGCCGCUUGGACAGCCCGCAUGGGUCGAGCCUGUACUCUGGCGACCGCGUACCGCGGCGCCGCGCCACGGACGCGUCGCCCAACCCGUACCUGUCGCACCGGCGCGACGCGCACAACCCGUGGACGGGGCGCCCGUACUCGGAGGCCUACUACGACAUCCUGCGCGUGCGCCGAAAGCUCCCCGUGUAUGACGCGCGCGCGCGCCUCAUGGAGUGCCUGCGCGCGCACAACGUCGUUGUGCUCGAGGGCCAGACCGGCUCCGGCAAGACCACGCAGGUCCCGCAGUUCCUGGCGGAGGCAGGCUUCUGCGAUGGCGGCAUGCGCAUCGCUUGCACGCAGCCCAGACGCGUCGCCGCCAUGAGCGUCGCAAAGAGGGUCGCAGCGGAAAUGGACGUCCGCUUGGGCGACCACGUCGGGUAUAGCAUCCGCUUCGAGGAUCGCACGUCGAGAGAGACGAAGCUCAAAUACUUGACGGACGGUAUGCUGCUGCGGGAGGCUAUGAAGGACAACCUGCUGAAGGCCUACAGCGCUAUUGUGCUGGAUGAAGCGCACGAGCGCACGCUGAGCACGGACGUCCUUAUGGGGCUGUUGAAAGGUGUACUGAAGAAACGGCCGGACCUUAAGGUCGUAGUGAUGAGCGCCACGCUGGACGCCCAAAAGUUCCAGGACUACUUCGACGGUGCCCCGCUGCUGAGCGUGCCGGGGCGUGUCUUCCCGGUCGACAUCAUCUACUCGCCCCAGCCAGAGGACGACUACGUCGACGCCGCCAUCCGCACCGUCAUCUCCAUCUGCCGUAACGAGCCUACGGGCGACGUCCUGCUGUUUCUGACGGGGGAGGAGGAGAUCGAAGAGAGCUGCCGCAAGAUCGAGGAGGAGCUGCGGCCCUUCGAGCGCGCGUACGGGCCGGUGGUUGUGCUCCCGCUGUACGGUUCGCUGCCCCCCGACCGACAGCAGAAGGUCUUUGCGGAUCCGCCGCCGCCGCUGUAUCAUGGAGGCCCGCCCGGACGGAAGGUCAUUUGCGCGACAAACAUCGCCGAGACUUCCCUCACGAUCGACGGCGUCGUGUAUGUUGUGGAUACGGGCUUUUCCAAGCAGAAGAUCUACAACCCGCGCGUCAGGGUCGAGAGCUUGCUAGUCCAGGAGAUCUCGAGGGCCUCGGCAAAGCAGAGAGCCGGGCGGGCGGGGCGUACGCGUCCGGGUAAGUGCUUUCGUUUGUAUACGGAGGAGAGCUUUCACAAGCAUCUGAUUGAGACGACGCACCCGGAGAUUUUGAGGUCGAAUUUGGGCAACGUCGUGCUGCAGCUCAAGACGCUUGGCAUUGACGACCUCGUCCAUUUUGACUUUAUGGACCCGCCCGCACCGGAGACACUCAUGCGCGCGCUGGAGCUCCUCAACUACCUGGGCGCGCUGGACGACGAGGGCGACUUGACCAGCUUUGGCAAGCUCAUGUCGGAGUUUCCGCUCCAGCCGGAGAGCUCCGCCGCGCUGAUCCGAUCGCCGCAGUUUCAGUGCUCGAAUGAGGUGCUCACUAUCGUUGCCAUGGUGUCGUCGGCGCAAAACUGUUUUGUCAGGCAGAAGAAGAAGGACAAGAACGCCAUGAGGGGGCGGCCGCCGCACGAGCAGUUUAUGGACGCGGAGGGGGACCACCUGACGCUGCUGAACGUUUUUCAUGCGUACAAGGAGAAAGACAAGGAGAGAGGUGGGGCGAGCCAGUGGUGCUGGGACAACUAUCUGAACCAGAGGGCGCUGCGGACGGCGGGUAAUGUGCGGACGCAGCUGGAACGCACGAUGCGCGGGUGCAACCUAGCGCUGGUGUCGACGGAUUACCAAAGCAUUCACUACUCGUCCAACAUCCGACGCGCGCUGCUGAGCGGGUAUUUCAUGCACGUGGCGCACCGAAACGGCAAGGAGUACCAGACGGUGAAGGACAACCAAAAGGUGAAGCUGCAUCCGUCGUCGGGGAUGCGGGGCAACCCGGCAUGGGUGCUAUACAACGAGUUUGUGUUUACAAAGACGCAGUACAUCCGGACGUGCGCAAAGGUGGAAGGCAAGUGGCUUGUGGAACAGGCGCCGCAUUACUAUGACCUGUCGAAUUUUCCAGGGGGAUCCGCCAAGGAGGAGCUGCGAAGGCUGUACCGGAAGAAGGCGAAAAGAUCGCUUCCCGAAAACGAACGGCGCAGGGGGCGUUAA